AUGACUGUCCUGGUUCCGCCGGCCGCGCGCGACCAGGACAUGUCCGUGGGGGCCCGCGAGUGGCGCGCGGCGGCGCAGGCCGCGGUGAGGAAGGCGGAGCAGCUGACGGAGCGCUGCGGGCAGGAGGCGGUGACCAUGUGGCAGCCCGCGGACGGCGGUGGCGGCGCGCGGGACGCCGACGUGGCCCCCCACCUGUGGCGCGCCGCCUACAUGCAGCCCUGGCGCUUCCGCGUGGAGCGGGCGCCGGGCGGCGCGCCCGUGGAGAGGCCGCCGCCGGGCGAGGGCGUGACGCUGUGGCGCAGCCGGAUGAAGCCGCCCAUGUGGCACGCGCGCCUGCCGCUGCCCCUGCACCGCGACGCGCGGGCGCUGCAGACGGCGCAGCUGGUGCACGCGCACGCGCGGGGGACGCGCCUCGUGGUGGCGCGCCUGGGCCGUGCCCUGCAGCAGGUGAACCGGCAGCUGCAGCGGCUGCUGCGCCAGCGCGAGGCCACCGGCCGCAGGCUCCGUGAGGUGCGCCAGGGCCUGCUGGUGAACCAGCAGAGCAGCAAGCUGCGGAGCCACCGGCCUGAGUCGGAGAAGAUUCCUGACAAGGCAGACAGUGCCCUCACCUGGGAGAGGCAAGAGCUUCGGAUCCUGAAGAGCAAGAUGGAGAAAGACAUGGACAAGUCUGAGACUCUGCUCAAGGCCCUGGCCUCCUGCCGGGAUGCCCUGAUGUUCAACUAUAAGGAGAGGCUCCAAGUGUUGGACCUCAUAAACCAGCCCCUGGACAAGGCUCUGGAGCAGGCUUGCCGCCAUUCCUGGCUGGACCUGACCCGCAACCCGACUCCAGACACCAAGGGCACGAGGACCCCACCUCCGGACCCCCUGGCUGCUUAUACCCCAGAGUGUGCCACGCUGAUGCAGGAGGCCAAGCGGCUGCUGGUGGAGUCCACGGACAUCCUACAGGAGCUGGCGGCCAGCGAGGCCGCCGUCCAUGCGCAGCAGCAGCAGAUGUGUGACCACGUCUGUGCCACGCUGGCACAGAAAAUGCGUGAGACAAUGGAGCUGAAGGAGAGACUCACCAUGGCCUAUGGGCUGAUGCGGGGCACGAUCCAUCGGUGCACCAAGUUCAACCACGAGAUGUCCAUCACCCACGGCCUCAUCAAGGGACCCAUGACGAAGAAUUAUCUGGAGGUUCGAGAGAAGCUGGACAGACCCCUGGUGCGCGUUUACCAGAGACAUGUGGGCACCCAACUCCCCGAGGCCCUGCGGCUGGCCCAGGGCACUGACAAGCUGCAGCGCCACAUCGCGCACAUGGAGAAGAACCUGGAGGAGCUGCAGCAGAUGCGCCAGAGCCUCGCACAGAGCCUCAACAGCAAGAAGAUCGGGCAGGACGUGGACCACAAGGUGGUGCGACUGCGCCAGCGCCAGCGCUACCCAGGCGUGUGCACUGCGCAGGUGCGGCGCCCGGCCAGCGAACCGGACUUGGAGGCACGCUUGUAG